AUGACCACUCCUCCCAAGCCGUUAUCUUUCUUAUCAUCGAAAUCUGUGGCACUCUACAUGGAUCCUAACAAACGGUUACAACUCUACCUUCGCUGCCCAUCAUUCGGAAUUGCCCAUGAAAAUGAAGCGAUAAGAAUCAGGGAUCUAAAAGUGCGACCCGACAACUUUGAGAUCAAUGGAACUAUCUACAGGCUAGGAGUGAUCACUCAAUACACGGAUACACCAAAUCCCAGACCGAUUGCUGUUGACAACGCUAAAGGAGGAACUCAAGAAAACAUUGAUAUCUACGGUCUCCCGCCGAGACAGACACAAGAUGAGGCGGAAAAUGUGGAAUUAGAUAAUGCAGAAAUUACCCGUUUAAGAAAAGCGAUAGCCGGAAUGGAGCAAAGCAAUGCGAGACGAGGAUUCCCUGGAUAUCUUGGAAGUCGUACUGACAUUCAGCGACUCAAUUGGAAAGCGGAAGCAUAUAACAUGAGAAUCAACAACACCCCGCCGCCAUACCGUCAUUAUCUGCAAUUGACUAUUUCAACAGGAGAAUCAGUCCAAAUAGAGCGUGUGGUUUAUGACAAACAAUUUGAAAUCGGCAAAGAAUACAUUGAGAAUAUAGUGUUUGGGAACAAAAAAUUUCAAGUAGAAAAUCUUCAAAUAGGCGCUGAUCAAGAUUUUAAUGAUUAUGGUAUUGAGCAGGGCCCUUCUCGUCCCGAACCACUUUUCCAGUUGACACCACAAGCGGAUAGUGUGAAGCCAUUACUGUCGAUUCGAAGUUUAGAUAUAGGCGUGCUGAAAGUCACUUGCAUUCUCACGAAUGCGUUGGCUAGUCUUAGACCUAUUUUGUCUCAGACCCCAUUAAAAGAACUAAGAGCACUUUGUCAUGAAAAAACAUUUCCUGAGGAGCCAAUUGUAAAUACAGCACAAUUCCUUGAAAUCGCUGAGUGCUGCCCAAUACACGCACUAAGUAACCGUCCAAACUACCGAAUUCAUAUCGGUGACGCUUAUCAACAAAAUGGAGAAGGUUUAAUUGACUUGAUAAACGAAUGGAAGAAAAGGGAGAUGCCAAUCGGAACUUACUACACGAUGGGAGUUCGCUAUGAUCGCUUGAUUACGGCUAUCUUCCAAACGUUUAAAAACUUGCCAGGUGCAAAGUUUGGAGAGAACAAAGAAACAAGAUUGACUAACUAUCCGGAGUGCGUCAUUGUCCCGAUGGGAAACGAAACGGAGCUGAAUGCCUACCGCAGCGAGCCGACUGAAGUAGAGAGGGACCCCUUCAGUAGUAUUGUGACAAUAAAAUGGCACCCGAGAGGAUAUGCGAGAGAAGUUGAAUGGUGA